CCCCACCAAACGCCCCCAACUCUCCGGCCCGGCAGCGGGCUGGCGCGCAAGUCCUGCUGGGGCUUGUAGUCUGGGCCGUUCUGGAACGGAGGCGCCUGCGCAUUGACCGCUAACUCGCUCCAGUCGCUGUGGUCGGGGCUCGGGACCGGCUGCCAUCUUAGUCGAGGGACUGAGGAGUCGCCGCCGCCCCGAGUCCCGGUAACAUGCCUUGUACAGUGGUCUUUUGGAGACAAUGCCUUAACCAAAAGAAGUGAUUUGAACUGUGAGAACUUCAGGUUUGCUGUUAAUAUUGGUGGUAUGUCUGACAGUGGAUCACAACUUGGUUCAAUGGGUAGCCUGACCAUGAAAUCACAACUGCAGAUCACUGUCAUCUCAGCAAAACUCAAAGAAAAUAAAAAGAACUGGUUUGGACCAAGUCCUUAUGUAGAAGUCACGGUUGAUGGACAGUCAAAGAAGACGGAAAAAUGCAACAAUACCAACAGUCCCAAAUGGAAGCAGUCUAUCACAGUUAUUGUUACCCCUGUGAGUAAAUUACAUUUUCGUGUAUGGAGUCACCAGACAUUGAAAUCUGAUGUUUUAUUGGGAAGUGCUGCGUUAGAUAUUUAUGAAACCUUAAAGUCGAACAACAUGAAACUUGAAGAAGUGGUUGUGACUUUGCAGCUUGUAGGUGACAGAGAGCCAACAGAGACAGUUGGAGACUUGUCAGUGUGUCUUGAUGGGCUGCAGUUAGAUUCCGAGGUCGUCACUAAUGGUGAAACUACAUGUUCAGAAAGUGCUUCACAGAACGAUGAUGGCUCCAGAUCUAAGGAGGAAACAAGAGUGAAUGCAAAUGGAUCAGAUGACCCUGAGGAGGCAGGGUCUGGCGAAUAUAGGAGGAUCAAUGGGAAUAAUUCUCCAUCUCUCUCAAAUGGUGGUUUUAAACCUGCUAGACCACCAAGACCGUCUCGACCACCUCCACCUACCCCACGUAGACCAGCAUCUGUCAAUGGUUCACCACCUGCUACUUCUGAAAGUGAUGGAUCCAGUACAGGUUCUCUGCAACCAACAAGUACAAGUACAAGUACAAACACAAGUACAAGUGCAUCUGAAGGAGCAGCAUCUGGAUUAAUAAUUCCUCUUACCAUAGCUGGAGGUGCGGGCCCUAGGCCAUUAAAUACUGUAGCUCAAGCUCCCCUCCCACCUGGUUGGGAGCAGAGAGUGGACCAGCAUGGGCGAGUUUACUAUGUAGAUCAUGUUGAAAAAAGAACCACGUGGGAUAGACCAGAACCUCUACCUCCUGGCUGGGAACGGCGAGUGGACAACAUGGGACGUAUUUAUUAUGUUGACCAUUUUACAAGAACAACAACGUGGCAGAGGCCAACCUUGGAAUCCGUCCGGAACUAUGAACAGUGGCAGCUACAGCGUAGUCAACUUCAAGGAGCAAUGCAGCAGUUCAACCAGAGAUUCAUUUAUGGGAAUCAAGAUUUGUUUGCUACAUCACAAAAUAAAGAAUUUGAUCCCCUUGGUCCUUUGCCACCUGGGUGGGAAAAGAGAACUGACAGCAAUGGCAGAGUGUAUUUUGUCAACCACAACACCCGAAUUACACAGUGGGAAGAUCCACGAAGUCAAGGUCAGUUAAAUGAAAAGCCCUUACCUGAAGGCUGGGAAAUGAGGUUCACAGUGGAUGGCAUUCCAUAUUUUGUGGACCAUAAUAGAAGAACAACCACCUACAUAGAUCCUCGCACAGGAAAAUCUGCCCUAGACAACGGGCCACAGAUAGCCUAUGUUCGGGACUUCAAGGCAAAGGUUCAGUAUUUCCGCUUCUGGUGUCAGCAACUGGCCAUGCCACAGCACAUAAAGAUCACAGUGACAAGAAAAACAUUGUUUGAAGAUUCCUUUCAACAGAUAAUGAGCUUCAGUCCUCAGGAUCUGCGAAGACGUUUGUGGGUGAUUUUCCCUGGAGAAGAAGGUUUAGAUUAUGGAGGUGUAGCAAGAGAAUGGUUCUUUCUUUUGUCACAUGAAGUGUUGAACCCAAUGUAUUGCCUGUUUGAAUAUGCAGGGAAGGAUAACUACUGCUUGCAGAUAAACCCUGCUUCUUACAUCAAUCCAGAUCACCUGAAAUAUUUUCGCUUUAUUGGGAGGUUUAUUGCCAUGGCUCUGUUUCAUGGGAAAUUCAUAGACACGGGUUUCUCUUUACCGUUUUAUAAACGUAUCUUGAACAAACCAGUUGGACUUAAGGACUUAGAGUCAAUAGAUCCUGAAUUUUAUAAUUCCCUCAUCUGGGUUAAAGAAAACAAUAUUGAAGAAUGUGGUUUGGAAAUGUACUUCUCAGUUGAUAAAGAAAUUCUGGGUGAAAUUAAGAGUCAUGAUUUGAAACCAAAUGGUGGCAAUAUUCUUGUAACAGAAGAAAAUAAGGAGGAAUAUAUCAGAAUGGUAGCUGAAUGGAGGUUGUCUCGAGGUGUUGAAGAACAGACACAAGCUUUCUUUGAGGGCUUUAAUGAAAUUCUUCCCCAGCAAUAUUUGCAAUACUUUGAUGCAAAAGAAUUGGAGGUUCUUUUAUGUGGAAUGCAAGAGAUUGAUUUGAAUGAUUGGCAAAGACACACCAUUUAUCGUCAUUAUACUCGAACCAGCAAACAAAUCAUGUGGUUUUGGCAGUUUGUUAAAGAAAUAGAUAAUGAGAAGAGAAUGAGACUUCUACAGUUUGUUACUGGAACCUGCCGAUUGCCAGUAGGAGGAUUUGCUGAUCUCAUGGGGAGCAAUGGACCACAGAAAUUCUGCAUUGAAAAAGUUGGGAAAGAGAACUGGUUACCCAGAAGUCAUACAUGUUUUAACCGCCUGGACCUGCCACCCUACAAGAGCUAUGAGCAAUUGAAGGAAAAGUUGUUGUUUGCCAUUGAAGAAACAGAAGGAUUUGGACAAGAGUAGCUUCUGAGAACUUGAACCGCUGAAGUAUAAGAACUUAAUUGCAGUGCUUGUCCUUUUCCUUCUCUGCCUGUUGCACAUCUUGUUGUAAAAUUGGACUGUGACUUUAGAGAGUUAUCUGAGUGUAAGUAAAUUGUCUCCCAGUGAUCUGGAUUUCUAUUCAACAUUUCCAGAAAUCUUAUUUGCAAAUGACUAGUGACACUUAACAUGAGACUUAACAGCAAUGAAUUCUGCCCUGUCUUAAUUACACUAGGUUGUUUCCUUAACAGUUUUAAAUUUGUGUCCAAAGUCUCACUUGGGAGUAGGGUUUUGUAUUUUAGAGAUCUGCAGAUAUGCAGGGAAGUUCCUUAGUUACAGCAAUAUACAAGAUCUUCCUGUUAAGCCUCUUUCUAAGGGGUAUAUGUUAACACAAGUUAGCUCCGCUUCUGGGAUGUGAACAGACACAGAGCUUGGGCUCUUCCUCUGUUUCAGCCUGGCCUGACUGUUGUUUUCCUUUCUUCAGCAUGAAUCCGGGCAUCAGUUUGAUGUUAUUCAUGGAAGUGGUGCAACAGUCUUGCAUCUCUCUACAAAGUAGCUUUGUCUAAUUUCAGGGAAAAACUGGUCCUAGCCCACAAAUGACUUCAUACCUCUCCUAGUUUCCAAGUUUGAUUAAUUGCCUUGAAACUACUAAACUUUACAAACAGUGUUAACACCAUGUUUCCUUCACUGUUGGUAAAAGUUAACCUAGAGUUGGAAUUAGCUGAAUUCAUCUGAGUUCAUCAUUGAAGAUUUUUAUGGUAUUGUUAUUUAAUCAUAAUCUGACAAUUUCAAUUAUGUUUAAUUAUUGUUAAGGUAUUCAAGUUGUAACCAGAGUGUUUUUGUAAUGCAACCCAGAAGUCAGUGAAACAGCCUGUAAAAUUAUACUUUCAUUUCGGAGGGAGAGCUGUGAUACUGGCUCGAAAGAAAAGAUGGUAACUUCUAGUAAUCAUAGAAAUACAUUUUCUGCAUGAAUAAAUUAGAAGUCUUCAAAUUUAUCUAUGGCCAUACCACCCUAAACACACCCAAUCUUGUCUGAUCUCGGAGGCCAAGCAGGGUAGGACCUGGUUAGUGCUUGGAUGGGAGAAGUCUUUAAAUUUUUCAUUUCUUUGACACAUGGUGGAGUGACCAUUUCUGUUCUUCACAUUAUAGUAUAUUGGGUUGAUAUUCCUUAUCAGCAAUAUUCUUUUACCCUCAAAAUUUUUAGCAGGUUUUCCUUUUUGCCCAUGACUGCUUAACUUAGACUGUUCCAUUAGUAACUGAUUAAUGGUACCUUGGACUUUUCCAUAGGUAAUUUUUUUAACUUGGCAUAGCUUAGGCAGAUAAGUUGGCUACUGUCAUAAAGUUGACUUCAUGGGCAGUGGGAUGAAGCUUGUAUCGGCAGUCCCUGUCACAGCUGGUCCCUGAGGACAGCCUUCUAACUGGUGUAACAGAGACUGUGACCUGUUCCAGUGUCGGAGCAGGAACAAGCAGCAGUAAGCCCAAAAUAAACAGAGUAGGAGAUCCUGUUUCAUGUGGAAAGAAAAAUUAUUUAUUUCUAAUGAUUCUUCCUGUUUACACCCUAGAAAAACAGAAAUAUUUUUAACUUGUGUAUCUGUCUCUAAGACACUGCCAUCGUAAAGCAGAGACUUGCAUGCGUGAACCGGUACCCUCAUUCAGAAAUUUUCAGUGAUAAUGGGGAUAUUAGGCUCUCCCUGAUACUCUUAUUUUAUUCCACAUAUCUGAGAAAAAGUAGUAUGUAGUCCAACCCAGAGAUCAGUGAAGCAGCAUGUAAAAUGAUACUUAUAUUUCAGAGAGAGAGCAUUUUUAGAGUUUCUAAAAGUCCUAGUUGUUUCCUGAAAUAAGGACUGUGCCUUUUUUUUGGUAGGGGAAAAUGCUGUUGCUUCGUCUUACAAAGCAAAUGUCUGCCAACUACCCACUCCUUACAUAAGUCUGAACUUUGGUAAUAUAUGGCUAUGGCUAUUGAGACUUCCUGUUGAGGUGGAUUCUCAUGCUACAAGUAGUUAUUCCAAUAUUUACUAGAGAUUUAUGAGAGUAAAUUAAGAGAUAAUGUAAGAAAGUAGGUGGGUUUUUUUUUUUUUUUUGGUUCUAUAUAAUGCUUCAUGAUUCACUUAGGAACCUAGAAAUAUUGUGUGAAAAUGUAUAAAUAUUUCCCAAAAGGCUUUCUGCCCUAUAUUUUUAAAAUACAGAAUAGCUAUAUUUGAAGUAGUCCCAGCCCUAGUUCUAUAGGGCUUGGCUAUUUAAUAUUUUUAUGGAAGAAAUGUUUAGUUCUGGAAAAGGUAAAUGCUUGUAUAUAUUUUUGCAGCCUGGGAUCUCCCCUACUCCAUUUUUUCCUUUAAUUUAAAUGGCCACAUGUAUAUGUCUUCCCUGCUGUGUUAAGAAAAUGGGGGCUGGAUAUCCCAAAAAUCAGAGGUUAUAUAAAAA